GUGGACUAGGAUGGGGGAUGGGCCUGUAACAGGAGGUGCCCUGGGUGUCCUCCUUCGGCCCCAUGGAGUCCUCACCCAUUCCCCAGUCAUCAGGGAACUCUUCCGCUUUGGGGAGGGUCCCUCAGACUCCAGGUCCAUCUACUGCCAGUGGGGUCCCGGAGGUGGAACUGCAGGAUGUGGCUUCCGAGUCGGUGGCCCUUUUCUUCAUGCUCCUGCUGGACUUAACCGCUGUGGCCGGCAACGCUGCUGUUAUGGCUGUGAUCGCCAAGACACCAGCCCUCAGAAAGUUCGUCUUUGUCUUCCACCUCUGUCUGGUGGACCUGCUGGCAGCCCUGACCCUCAUGCCCCUGGCCAUGCUCUCCAGUUCUGCCCUCUUUGACCACGCCCUCUUUGGGGAGGUGGCCUGCCGCCUCUACCUGUUCCUGAGUGUCUGCUUCGUCAGCCUGGCCAUCCUCUCGGUGUCGGCCAUCAACGUGGAGCGCUACUAUUAUGUGGUGCACCCCAUGCGCUACGAGGUGCGCAUGACGCUGGGGCUGGUAGCCUCCGUGUUGGUGGGCGUGUGGGUAAAGGCCUUGGUCAUGGCUUUGGUGCCAGUGUUGGGAAGGGUCUCCUGGGAGGAAGGUGCUCCCAGCGUGCCCCCGGGCUGUUCACUACAAUGGAGCCGCAGUGCCUACUGCCAGCUUUUCGUGGUGGUCUUCGCUGUCCUCUACUUCUUGCUGCCCUUGCUGCUCAUCCUCGUGGUCUACUGCAGCAUGUUCCGCGUGGCUCGUGUGGCUGCCAUGCAGCACGGGCCACUGCCCACGUGGAUGGAGACACCCCGGCAGCGCUCCGAGUCCCUCAGCAGCCGCUCCACCAUGGUCACUAGCUCGGGAGCCCCCCAGACCACUCCGCACCGGACGUUCGGAGGAGGGAAGGCGGCAGUGGUCCUUCUGGCUGUCGGGGGUCAGUUCCUGCUCUGCUGGUUGCCCUACUUCUCCUUCCACCUCUAUGUGGCCCUGAGUGCUCAGCCCAUCUCCACGGGGCAGGUGGAGAAUGUAGUGACAUGGAUUGGCUACUUCUGCUUCACUUCCAACCCCUUCUUCUAUGGCUGUCUCAACCGGCAGAUCAGGGGCGAGCUCAGCAAGCAGUUUGUCUGCUUCUUCAAGCCGGCUCCAGAGGAGGAGCUGCGGCUGCCCAGUCGGGAGGGCUCCAUCGAGGAGAACUUCCUGCAAUUCCUUCAGGGCACUGGCUGUCCCUCCGAGUCCUGGGCUUCCCGACCCCUCCCCAGCCCCAAGCAGGAGCCACCUGCUGUGGACUUUCGAAUCCCAGGCCAGAUAGCUGAGGAGACCUCCGAGUUCCUGGAGCAGCAACUCACCAGUGACAUCAUCAUGUCGGACAGCUACCUCCGUCCUGCACCCUCGCCCCGGCCAGAGUCCUGAUGGGCCCUGGACACUCGGAGGGACAGGGAGCCGGGGGCCACUCGUGAGUGCAAGGACUA